AUGCAGCGGGAGCAGGCGGCGGCGGAGGCGCGGGUCCCUCGCCCGAUACGACGUCGGACGUUUGUCCCCCGCGAGCAAGACGUAGCGCACGAACGUCUGUUCGCAGAUUAUUUUGCCGAGAAUCCAAGGUGGGGCCCGAAUGUUUUUCACCGACGUUUUAGAAUGAGCCAAGAUCUUUUUCUCCGCAUUGUGCACACGUUGGAGGGACGUGAUGAGUACUUCCAGUAUCGGGAAGACAGGAUCGGCAGACCCGGACUUACGCCGCUGCGUAAGUGCAUGGUUGCGAUCCGCCGCUUGGCAUACGGCACAACAAGCGGAUAUGUUCGACGAGUACCUUCAUGUCGGGAUACACCUGGCCGCGAAUGUCCGAAGAAAUUUUGUAAGUUAGUUGUGGAGGCUUUUGGCGACACAUAUUUGCGACGCCCGACCGCUGAUGAUUGCCAGAGCCUGAUGCGGAUGCACGAGACGGUGCACGGCUUCCCCGGGAUGCUGGGGAGCAUCGACCGUAUGCACCGGCAGUGGAAGAACUGCCCGACGGCCUGGAGAGGUCAAUUUACUAGUGGCUACAAGGGCAGCCACCCGACGAUGAUCCAAGAAGCCGUCGCUGACCACCGCCUCUGGAUCUGGCAUGCCUACUUUGGUGUAGCCGGGUCGAACAAUGACAUCAACGUUAUCAACUCGUCCACCCUAUUCGCCGAUCAGUGCAGGGGUCGCGGUCCGGCCAUUCAGUUCACUGCCAACGGCCGCACACAUCAUAUGGGGUACUACUUGGCCGAUGGCAUAUACCCUAGGUGGCCUAUUUUUUUGAAGACGGUCAGCUGCCCAAUUGGUGAGAGGAGAGUCUUGUUUGCGGCAAAGCAGGAGUCCGCGCGGAAGGAUGUGGAGCGGGCUUUUGGGGUGUUCCAAUCGCGGUGGGCAAUCGUGAAAGGUCCGGCGCGUUUCUGGUACAAGGAAGUCAUCGCCGACGUCAUGUAUGCGUGCAUCAUCAUGCAUAACAUGAUAGUCGAACAAGAACGUGGCCAUGUCACCAAUUGGGUGGAUGAUGGAGCCGGAUCUAGCUCCAAAAGCACGGCGACCUCGCCGGUCACUCGAGGAUUACCGACCGGCUUCGGUGCGGUUCUAGAGCGACAGGCCUCAAUGCGCAACCAACAAGACCAUACUCAGCUCAUGAUCGACGUGAUUGAAGAAUUUUAG